AUGUCUGUUUUAUAUGCUUGUAAGCUCUGCUUCCUCCUUGCUCUGCUGAAUUCGGCCAGCCACGCCGUCGCCGGCAAUGUGGCACCACCGACACUGAGCGCCGGAUUCAGUCUGCCUAUCGUGUCCAACCACAACACAGCCGGCGGGCUCGGGCAGUUUGACGCGAACCUCACGAGCAUAGGUCCGCACAUAGCACCCGUGGGGUGGCCCUUGUACGGCGUCCUUGUCGGCGUUGGCUCUGGCCAAACCCGGCACUUUUACAAGCUCGGGCUGGACCUCGUCGGCAAUCUGACGUGGAUGCAGUGCAAGCCCUGCGUGCCCGAGGUUCGGCAGGAGGGCGCCGUCUUCGACUCUGCUGAGUCCCCUCGCUACAAGCACAUGAAGCCCGCAGACCCCAAGUGUACGCCCCCCUACACCCCCUCCGGCCAGAACCGGUGCAGCUUCUACACCACCUCCUGGAACGCCGCCGCGCACGGCUACCUCGGCAGCGACACGUUUGCCUUCGCCGGCAGCCCCGGCGCAGGAGGACACAACAGGGACGUUGACAACCUCAUCUUGGGUUGCGCACACACGACGAACGGGUUCGAGCACCUGAACCACAACAUUCUCGCCGGGGUCCUGAGCUUGAGCAGGCACCCGACGUCGUUCAUGAGCCAGCUCACCGCACGCGGGCUGGCCGACUCACGGUUCUCAUAUUGUCUCUUCCCUGGACAGAGCCACCCCAACGCCAGGCACGGGUUCCUCCGCUUCGGCCGCGACAUCCCGAGGCACGACCACGCGCACAGCACGCCGCUGCUGUUCACUGGAUCGGGCUACAGCCAAAGUAGCAUGUACUACAUCCACGUCUUCAGCAUCAGCUUGAACGGGAAAAGGCUUAACGGGGUAAAGACGGCGAUGUUUAGGCGGGAUCCACAAACCCGUCGCGGGGGGUUCGUCGUCGACCCCGGGACUCCCCUGACCAGGCUGGCUCGCGCGGCGUAUGACGUCGUGGAGGCCGAGGUCGCGGCAAACAUGCACAAGCAGGGGGCGCGCCGCUCGACGGUGCCGGUGCAGGGGUACCGCCUCUGCUUUGGCUCGUGGGGCCACGCGCACCUCCCGAGCUUGACCGUGACCCUGUACGAAGACGCGACCAGGCUUUUUAUCAAGCCGGAACUGUUAUUCAUGAGGGUGAACCAUGAGCACCUGUGCUUCGCCGUCGUGCCGGACGAGGAGAUGACGGUGCUCGGCGCGGCGCAGCAGGUGGACACGCGGUUCACAUUUGACCUCCCGGGGAAUCGUCUCUACUUUGCCCAGGAGCAUUGUAGUGCUGACACUCGCCCAACUGUCUAG